AAAGUUUUCGAAAUGCCAAUAGAACGGCAGUAAAUUUUAUUGAUUGAUUUUACUUAAACUCAGCGUCCCUGCUAGGCGUCCCGACGUAGUUUUGCUUACUAAUAAAUUCUUUAAAGCAUCUCUAAGCUUGUGCAUUUACGGAAGAAUUAAGAAACAUGUCUGGUCCACCACAAGAGUGUGUCGUCGAUUCCAGCGGGAUACAUAAUUGUAUGGAAUGCGGCUUGGAGGAACCAGAAUGGAUAAUCUGGAGACCUGGUGUCAAGGUGUGUCCAGAGUGUUCUGGCGUUCACCGCAGCCUUAGAAACGAAGCAUCUACCGGUAAUGAAGAGGUAGUGACGCCACUGCCGGAAAUGGACACCGACGAUGAGCUCCCAUCUUCGUCGGAUGACGCGGUCCCGCCAAUGGACCUGGAAGGGGACCCAGAUUUUGAAUACGAGCUUGUAGAGAGGUCCGAGGUGGACGACGGCGAAACGGAUGACGGGGAUGAAGGGGCGGCGUACCAGCUCCCGCCCGGCUCGCUGGGACACGCUACCAUCGGCUUGAUCGCCAAGAGCUGGAAGCCCAGGGUGCUGCGCGCCGAUGAAGACCCCGAACGCGUCCACAAGGAAUUCUACGACCAGUUCAUGGCCAUUCCUAAUCAUGAGAGGAUCUUUUUCCUAAGCGAGAUUGAUAGCAUGUGCUACGAGUAUUUUAAGCAUAACGCUGUAUAAACUCAUUUUCUUUUGUUUGUCUGUCUAUGUGUGUGUUUCGUACUAGAACGACAAGCAGACACAUAUCGUAGCUGUUAGAACCUUCGCUAUGACAUGGGAAGGUUGCGGUUAAAACCGUGCUAGUAGUUAACCCCUUUAACUUUCAACGCCACACAGCACCCUCUUCAUAGUGUGAGUAAACGCCAUACAUGGUACAAUAGGUACAAUUAUUCGGCUCAUAUAUAACCUAAUAGUUAGUGGUGUCCUCAAAGUUGAAAGUUCUCAGUCUGAAUAUGUAGUCACCAGUGGUAAAAUUAAGCGUGAAAUUUAAAUAUUCUGUGAUUUUAUUCCUUACUCACUUAUAUAUUUUUGACUUUCGGUAUUUUCUCAUCAUUAUACUUUUAUGUGUAAUAUACUAUCGAAUUUCAGAAGUCGUGUAAGGAAAAAUUUAACUGUGGUAUUAUGUUUAAGGUAAAUUAUUUUUUGGAAUCUAAAGAUUUUUUGACAAUUUUUUCCUAUGAUAUAUUUAUAUUGGAACAUCAUGUAUAAUCCAGUGUGGUUGAGUGUGAUUUUCAUUCUCAGUUUUUCUACUUUUUACUUAUGUAGUGAAACAUUAUUUAAGAAUAAUGCCAAUGUGGUAUUCUUUUAGGUAGAGUAUAGUAACGUUCAUUCUGGUCAUAAUAUAUAUAAUUCGGCGAAUAAAUUAACACCUGUAAGCUGUAGGGUAGCAGCUGAAGUACAGGGUUUGGUCGGGCUAAAAUCUUAAUUACGUGUUACUAUACUUUAUUAAUAUGGACACAUAAUGUCGAAUAACACCGAAUGCGGUGAAUUAGUAUGAUAAGACUAUUUAUGCAUUUAUGCCAAUAAAUUAAUCAACCUCAAA